AUGGGCCGGUUUGGUAGUGGUAGUGGUGGUGUUAUAUACAUCGGAGGAAAUAAUGCGUAUAAAAGUUUCUACGUGUUACUACUGAUGGUUGUGUACUGGACACUCGACGUACUACAUCCCAGCGCCCUGGCUAUCAUGCCCAUCGGUAUUUCAUGCGUCAUGAGUGGCGUUGGCAUGAGUUUUAUUAGUGAGAUAUACAUUCGGAACGACCUGUUGGACUGUAUCGGGGUUAUGAUGAUCAUAAUAGCAAUAGAGAACAGUAUGGUUCAUCGCAGGAUUGCUAUCAAAGUGCUGCUUGUCUUCGGAUGCUCACAUUAUAGAUGGGUAUCGUCGAAGUUUAUCAAACUAUCGGAAAAGCAACUCAAAAAUCAAAUAGACAUGAACAAAAGUGACAUGGCAACCAUGAUGGGCAGUCAGACUAAUCAAAUAUUCAAGGUUUACUGUGAAACUAUAUUUCCACUUGGACCGAAGAUAGAGUUUCCUCACUUCAUGUUGCUGAAUCUACCUGGAGUGCUGGUCAUGGAAACACUGCUAUACAUGUGGAUGAACUUCGCUUUCUUGGGAAUGUUUAGCUUAGAAUAUCAGAACUCAAACUAUACGUACGGAGGAGAACUCAAUGUACAAGUCUACACACUUCUAAUAUUGGUAACUCCCCAACCUGGCAGCAGCAAUCUCUUCGAGUCACUCAGGGAUUCCGAGAUGCUAUUGGAAUUUGAGAAGUUCCUCCUGAUCUUCAAGGGCUUGCCGGCAUCAGCUCUGGUCUUCAUCGUCGUACUCUUCUGCAAGAUACUUACUGAGUUCGCGUCCAACUUUUCUGUGGUCUACGCUCUUCUGCCUAGCAUCGCUAAGGUGUCAAUCAGUGGUGAGUCAGCGAACCUUCGUGGCUGGCUCAGCCGACGUAAUACCUACCACGGCCUCGCAAUAAACCGACGUGAAACCACCACAGUGUUUCCAGAGGUUGAAUCCAAGGCCGACAACACCUUUGGAGCUGAGAGCACUUCAAUAUUGCGAGUGUUUAUGGGACGUUACGAUAUUGGGAAAAAAUAA